UCAGAGCAUGAUGACGGGCAGGAGGGCAUGUUGAGUCCCCUGCCUGGUCUUCCACAUCGUUUGGGUCUUCCUCAUUGCUUGGUGAAGACUCGCCGAGCGACUGAUAAGGAGACAGGCAAGGAGUACACGUCAGUGUCUCUUCCUGUCGCCAACUUCUCUCGCGCGCCGUAUACCUUGGUAAAGGGUCUGCGUGUGGCACGUUUCUCUCCUGGAAAACUCCAGGUGGGUGAGAAUGUAGCACCGAUGAUGGACGAAGUGACGUUUCGAGUGAGGGAUGCUGCCUUAUUGAGGGGCGCGGACCUCCCGUCGAACGCCACGAUUCAAGUCGAUCCAUCGAUCGCUCCUGAUGAACAAGGGAACGAUGUCGUCCGUGUUGAGUACACCACACUCUCUCACAUGCGCUUGAUGUGCGGUCAGGAAGGUGUGCCAGCGCCAAGUCAU